CAGCUCCUUUCGAAGAAACAUACACUUGCACACGUUCGUGUGCACGGUGUCACUGGAGGUCCCGCGGUUAAACCUCACCGGCGUACAGAAAUCGAUGGACUGCAGUCAAGCGCAAGGAGCCUCGGCGCCAUUAGUUGCACGCUUCGUUUUCAAGAAUGUUUGGAGGCAUACAAGAAGAGGUCACCACAGGUGUCACAGUGUAUAUCGAAAGCGGCGAAACAAAGUCUGUCACAUUUGAGUGACGCAGAAAGCGAAUCCUACCGGCAGCUAUUGUUGUCGCAAAGGUUUCGUAGCCAAGUCUUUGACUACGCCGUAGAACAAGCUAUUUCACCGCGAAAGUACUCGCGCAACGGGAGACUCGUUAAUCGUGGCUAGCACAUAAUAGUGCAGAGUGAAAUGCGUCGAGAAAUGAAGACCGAGAGGCUCUGUUGUCGUAGCCACGCACGCUUUGAACCGUAUGGAUGCAGACGGGAAAAGGAAAAUGCCCUACACAACUUCCACGCGUAUGCCUAGCGUAGUCGUCGAGAAUCGACGCGCACCCCACAUAGGCCACUAAACGCGACAGAACGUCUGUCCUACAGCUACGUAAACUCCUGUUCAAGAGACACAUAAUUUUGCUCGCAAUGUUGGAGUUUCUCCGGUGAAACCUAUCCCGUCGCGGGUCCAUGUUUCUUUUAGAGACCUACAUAUCUCGGCAGUCUUGUAUCGUAGUGUGUUUGGCCGUACAUCCGGUCUGCGAUUCGGUGCCGUUGAAAUGAAGCGGCCAUUUCCCAGUCGGUCACUGGAGUUCAUCUUCUUUUCAGAUCAAACGUUCUGAUGAGGACACAGUUCCUCAUUUCCUCGAUUUCCUAAAGCCCCUUGUUAACCGGCCGCCCAGGUCAUCGGCAGGUGGAGUGAGCGCCGUUCGUUCUCUGCCACCUGCCGCAGCCUGUGUACCGAGACACUUUCCCCAAUCUGGAAAACGCCUGGGCACACGUCUCUUGUCGCACUUAGUUGUGGCUUGCAAGUGUUUCGUUUCUGGGGGCGGAUUCACCUGCAAUGUGUUUGCCCAGCGUCAUUGACCGAUCGGCGUGUCUACAGGAUAAACUCGAAGACCAGACAGGCAUCGAACGUCGAAUGCCACACACAAGCAUGUCUCCCGGAUGGUGGCGCUGCUACUCACGAGUUUCGUCCGUGAUUCAGAAAAAGCCCCGAUAUCGGAGAUAAAACGCAAUGUUUGCGCCUGUUGGCUACACCAAAGUGUUGGUAGCAAACCGUGGGAGACGAACGUUUCCCUCAGUGGCUGGAAAAAGCGUCGCAUCGACGCCUGCAAGCGGUCCAUCACGUUUCGCCCUUUCUGUUGAGCAGGUUCCCCGGAAGGCGAAGGCAGCAACAUGAACACUGGUUGUCUGUUUCUCCCGGCUACGAGACACGCAGCGAUCCAGACUAUUUGCGUCGUUGCCCUUGCACGCCAAGUCGCCGACCCAGACGCACUUGUCUUCGAACGUGACUUUCUCGAGUUUAUCCGCAUUCUUUCGUCCACACAAACAGUUUUUUCGUCGUUCGGGUGCCCGCGAUCGCACGUGGCGUUGCUUGCCCAGAGCGUGGAACGUGUUCGUGAGGCAAACGCGGUUGGUCUGUUCAGCGAGUUCGCGCGUCGUCUCGGGUUUCCGACUUCGGGAGACGACGCAGGAUGCUCCUGUGCUUUUUUCGUUUUUACGGGUAGAGCAAUGGUGUGGAGAGUUUCGAUAGGGUGUGCUGUACUUGCCACUGUGCUCGUGGCAGGCCAUGAGCCAGUUGCUUCGGCGCCGUACAAAGCGUACGGAAUUCCAGCGGAGUCGACAGACACGACCUCGGGAGACGAUGUCGAAGAAGCGUUCAGGAAACGAAGCAGGGGAAACGUGCUGAAGGAUGCUGCCAAGGAAGAAAAAAAACUUCCUCUUUUCUUUAUCGACGUGGAAGAUAACAAGGGGCAAGGCCGAAAUUCGGAGAAGGGAGCUACAGACGACGACGUCGCCGUCGACAAGACGAAGCGCAGUUCACCUUCUGCACCGUGCACUCGCCUCGCAGGGAAAGAGAAGAAAUACCCCUGCGAUCGAUACGUCGUCAAAGGCAAGAUGUCUUUCCUAGAGGCGAUCGGCGCGUUUUUUCUCGCCUCAGUUAUUCAUGCCGCAGUCUCCGAGCAGCUUCGAGCCCGAUCUACCGGUGGUGACAUCUGGCGGCCGCGUCUCGCAGGUUCAGUUAUGCAGGCCGCUCUCGCGGCGACAACUCUCUGGAUGGCUCUAAGGCGCAGACUCCCGACUUUCUACUUGUUGCAGCGGCGGGAGUCUUCGGAAGAAAAAAAGAAAGCCAAAGAGAACUCGACACGGGCCGCGUCUGCCGUGUGACCGAGGUGCGGUUGUGUGCAACGGGGAUUAGUACAGCCGUGACACUCAGUCCUUUCUCUGAAGUGUGGAGAACGGGUAGUCUGUGUGUCGUGUGAGGCAGCCGUUUUCCGUGUCCACCGUUGGGUAUUUUGCCUGGCGUCAGAAGCAUCAACACUCGAGAGUCCGCGGUGCGCCAGAUCUCGCUGACGCCGGUUUGCCGUCGGCGUGCUCGGGAGGCAAUUGCAGCUCUCGUUGUUUGAGUCUCCACGGCCUGAAAUUGACUUUUGCACUUUUUCCUUUCAACACACACUUUCACUGCAGUCGGGUGGGACGCAAAGUCUCCACAUUCGCGGUAAUGAAGACUGCCCCGGCACAGCUCGAAACGUAGCUCUGGAAUGCGACAGUCCAUGUAGGAACCGGUCGAUCCAUAGAUAGUGACCGUUGUGUUGUUGUAACUGGAGGAUUCACCAGCGCGACAGGGUUUAGUGGCCGAGCUUUGCUGACGCAGUCUGGAAAUGCUGCCUGUAGGACGCUACACUCUAGACUUCUUGGUGAGGUUGAAAGGCACGUUCACUGGAAGACAUCAAGGGAACACUUUUCUAAAGUACCUCGGCGAAAUCCUGUCGCCUCUCUUUUAUGUGACAAGAUAUUCAUGGAUGCUGCGUAAGAGUUCCGCCGCGCGGUUCGCCGGCAAGGGUGGACUUCGUUGCGAGUAAGCAUGAGGUCAUGCGCGUGUUUGAUCUCUGAAUUUUCACCAGAGUCCUCGUGUUCGUUGUAGUCCGAAGUUCGAGGAUGUAAAAUCUUCUCGUCGUCAAAAGGGUCGGAUAAAGCGCAAAUGUCGGCUUACGAACGAUGGAGCGCGUCUCCCCGUUCUAAGCGCCGACGGCGAAAUUUCCAGCGGCUACAACUCGCCCGUGAAACCGGGUGUGUUUUAGAAAGUACGUGCUUUGUGUUCUGUGGAAUUCCUGGAUUUUCCCCCACGUUUUUACUCCGUCCGAUCACCGCCUGCAGAACCGCCACCACCGGGUUGCAAGUGUCUAGCGACGCAGAGAGUUCGCGUGUCAGUUAGAGUCGGUGUUUCAACUGUUU